AUGUCGUGUCUGUAUCAAAUAGAACUGGAUUUUGCUUUUCUCUUCUGUAGACUUGCUUGAAAAAAAUAAAAAAAGAAGGAAGCAGAAGACUUUGAUUCAAUCCAAACCCGAAAAGCUACCAUAUUUAUAGACAUAUGGGUUUGUUUGGGGUGUGGUGGAGUGGAAGUGUGGUAGGGUUUCUUGUGUUGGUGCCAGGAAUUCUGGGUUGGGGCAAAGAAGGCCACUAUGCAGUUUGCAAGAUAGCAGAGGGAUUUCUUAGUGAAGAUGCUUUAGCUGCUGUGAAAGAAUUACUACCAGAAUCUGCUGGAGGUGAUCUUGCUGCAGUUUGCUCCUGGCCUGAUGAGAUUCGCUUUCAUUAUCGGUGGAGUAGUGCUUUGCACUAUGUUGACACACCGGAUUUUCUGUGUAACUACAAUGACAGCAGAGACUGCCAUGACUCUGCUGGACAUAAAGGUAGAUGUGUAACUGCAGCAAUUAACAACUAUACGAUGCAGCUUUUGACUUAUCAGGAUUCCAUCUCAAAAUCAAAAUACAACUUAACAGAGGCACUUCUUUUCUUGUCUCACUUUAUUGGGGAUAUCCAUCAGCCCCUACAUGUUGGUUUCACUGGAGACCUAGGGGGGAACACAAUAAUAGUCCGUUGGUAUCACAGGAAGACAAAUCUUCACCAUGUAUGGGAUAAUAUGAUCAUUGAAUCUGCUGUAAAGACAAUAUAUGGGAACAAUCUUGAACUCAUGAUAGAGACUAUUCAGAGGAAUAUUACAGAUGCUUGGUUCAGUGAUUUGUCAUCAUGGCAGUUUUGUGCAAAUAAUUGGAGUACUGUAUGUCCAAAUGAGUAUGCUUCUGAAAGCAUUCGUUUGGCAUGCAAAUUUGCUUACAGGAAUGCCACUCCCGGAAGCACUCUGAAUGAUGAUUACUUUGUUUCUCGGCUGCCUAUAGUGGAGAAGCGGCUAGCUCAAAGUGGGGUCCGCUUGGCUGCUACCCUCAAUCAUAUCUUCUCUGAACCAAAAAUUGCUGGAGCAUGAAGAUACAGAAAGGGUAGGGCAUUUAUUGCUUACAAGUUAUAAGAGCUAAUGAGCUAUUAAGCUCCUCAUUGUUCAAGUUCUCUGCUUAAUGUAUUGAUGUAUUCCUCACAUGUUGGUAAAAUAGUGGUUAUAUCAAACUUGUAGUAAUUGACAACCUUUGGUGGCCUGUAAAUUUACGUAACUAAGUCCUGCCAAAGGCCUAUGUAUAUGUAAUUAUGUAUAGUGUCAGCAUAUUGGACAAACAUAACAUUUGGUCAAUAUAGCAGAGAAAUUUCUCUUCAAA